AUGUCUAGCUUCCACAAAACACCGCAACAUGCUCUAGAUGAUUUCAAUGAUCAAGGACCUUCUGUACAGGAAAACAACGCAUUUGCUUCUAACUAUGGCCAAAUUCCAUACAUGAAUGCGUUCUAUGCCACCUCCCAGGAGGACAUUGGCAGCCCUGAUUCUGACAGCUUGCACUAUGUUCCCUCCCAAGGCUAUGCAGGGUCUGUGUCUUUUGACGACGCUCAAUCGCCCAGCUUGGAUGCUCCAGUCAACUCUUCUCCUGAGAUCCUUUCGUUUGCGCCCCAGCGAGGUGCUGAGAACAGUCAGGUCUCCGUACGCGUGGAUUCACCCUUUGACUUGCACACUACUGCUCAGGCCAUCUUCCUUUCUUUCGGUUCGCGUCAAUGUGAGUGCAAUGUCACUGUACUCGACAAUCCCAGUGUCUCGUUCAGCUAUAUUUUUUCGUGCUAUGCGCCGAACUUUGCUUUGACAAUGGCGGCGUCUUUCGACGUCAUUUUGCAGCUAGUCAUUGAUGUUGCUGCUGCCGGUGGUCCCCUGCUAUUUCAUGUCGGAACGUUUACAUAUGAGCAGUAUUUGCAAGCUCCCAUUGAUGACUCUAGGAAGAGAAGUCUCUCUGCUUUUCCUGAAAGUUCAAGUGGUCGUCCGGUAAAACGUCAUUCAGCCCACGAAUUUGAGACUAAAGCAGUCAUGGGCCAUCAUCGUCGUCAUCAUUCUCAUGCGCGUUCAGCUUCUUACUCGCCGUUCGUACAGACUCCUGUGACUGCGAGCAUGUUUUCCGCAACGUACGCUGUUGAAAGCUCCCCUAGUCUGACCUUUGACUCCUUUCCCGCCUCUUCAGCUGCUCUUCAGGCCCCUAUUCAGCCAACUUCUCCGAUGAACUCGACUUGGAGCCCCUCGGUUUCCGUCACCGAUCUGUCUUCUGGCAACACGUCUGCGGCUACCCCAAUGACAAUCUCCUCUCAGCCCCAGAAUCCAACUUUGAUUCGCACUUCGACUUUACAGCAAAGUCAAAGUCUGAGUCCUUCCCAGCCUUUCAACCCAUACGCUAUGUAUCCCACCAAGGCAGUGCUUAACUUGAACGGAGAUCUUGACUCAAUGGCUACCGGUUGGAGUCCCCAAGAAAAAGCUGCGAAGCGCCGUCUUGUUCAGUUCACGCGUUCCCAGAACGGCAGUGCCAUCCUUGCCGACUUCAAGCCCAUUUCUCCUGAGGAGCGCACUCCGAACAGCAUCUGCAUUAGCUGCAUCUUUUGGGAUGGGAAGGACGAAUGCUUCGUGACUAGUGUAGAUACCAUCUACCUCCUGGAGUCCCUCGUAGCCGUUCGAUUCACCGUCGAGGAGAAGAACCGCAUUCGUCGCAACCUUGAGGGCUUUCGACCUCUCACCGUUUCCAAGUCCAAGGCCGAUAGUGAAGACUUUUUCAAGGUUAUCAUGGGCUUUCCUGCACCCAAGCCGCGCAACAUCGAGAAAGAUGUCAAAGUUUUCCCCUGGAAGAUCCUUUCUCUCGCGUUGAAAAAGAUCAUUGGUAAAUAUUCUGCAAGCUAUUCGUCUACUGCCGGAGCGCUUCCAGGCUCAUUGAGUGCUAGCCAUUCCAUAAGCUCGGAUCUUGGGACUGAGUCUCAUGCCCCGUCUCCGCAGUCGGUGGCGGAAUCCGCAACUUCCGGCGUGUAUCCAGUCAACUUUGGCUCUGCCACGCUCUCGCCGUCUCUCGUGCAAGUUAAUUCUGGCUUCGACCCUGAAUUCGCGACAACUCUCGCAGGGCCUAGUCCCGGUUACACAACCAUGGCCAAUCCCUUCCGGUUUCAGCCAACUUUCCAACCGGAUCAGAUGCUCUCAAAUGAGCCAUCCUGGGACUUCAAUGUCUCCUCCCGUCCGGAAGACUAUGAUGAUUAUAUCCCAUACACCAUGGCUUGA